UGUACAAGGGCUCGGGAACUAACAAAUAACCCCCUCCAUGUGAACUUUUCGCCAGGCUGACCGCACGGAGAAUUUAAGAACUAAACUAGACCAAGCAUGGGAAAAACUCAGCACACACAAUGAUGCCUGGUCUAGGGUCAAAGGUCACCUGGGACUUCUGACCUUGAACUUGUCCUGCUUUCUGACCUUCACCUCUGCUACUGGACUUGGUGGCAUACAACAAUAUGAAGUUAAAUAGUGCUCUGAUGGGGGCUCUGUAAAGACCAAAGGGCAGCCUCACGGCUCUGAAACAAUGGCCACCGCAGUCAUCCAGUCCAGCAGUGGCUCCCAGUCCAGUGGCAAGAGGCAGCGUCCAGAACGCAGGGGGCGUCGGGAGCGUUGCAGGACACAGGUCUACGAAGGCCAAUACCAGGUCGAACCUCUGCAGACCCGGCAGGGUGACACAGGUCCCGCAGAUUACAGCCAGAGGGUUUUCCGACCCCGCCACAAGUCUUGCGAUCCCAAAGUGGACUUGAAAAUGAAUCGUCGUAGUCUGCCCUCAGGCACAGAGGAAUUUUUGGGAUCGGAGUCUGAUUCUCCUGAAGAGGACUUACGCAAAUGGGCCCGACGACCACGGCGCUCACGGGGCGACACAGCUUCCAAGGCCAACGGCGGUGGUAAUUCCUCAGGGAAUCAGCAACACAGAGGCUCCUUCGGAAGUGCUUCAAGGAACCUGACUGUGCCAGGCAGUUCACUAGCUACGCAGCCUUCCAGUGAUUCGGCAGUUUACACCAGGCAGAGAGCUGCUCAGAACGCAAAUUCUAGCAACAGCUCCAAAAGCAAAUUUCAGAGGCUAGAAGAAAGGAGGCGUCAGAGGCUAGACAUGGCUGUCACUUCUGAUGAAGAAGCUCUGUACGAUUCAGGGUCUACUCAGUCGAGACAUUCAGUAUGUUCACGAGAGAAAGGACAAAAGGUUUUGACAAAUGGUAAGGUCGAUCAAAGCCUAGGGCAGCAGUACAACCAAUCUCAGACAGCCUAUGGUCAUAGCUAUGACCCUACAGCAUCAAGCUGUCCAGUUGUUGUGAACCGUUCAUCUGCGUCCCAAAACGUGAUUGAUAGUGCAGAGGAACUCGUUACCAAAAGACCAGUGUCUCUGUUGAAGGCACAGUUUGAACAGCAGAUGCAAACCUCAAAUGCAAAUGUGCCAAAUUCCAGUAAAGUGACCACAGCAACAACAACAAAUGUGAUUUCAAGUGGACCAGUAUGGAAGCCUUCAGGUCAGGCUGUUCCAGAGACACGCCGCUUUUCUGCUGAUUCAGCAAGUGGCACAAGUGUUAAGCAGCCUACCUGGCAAAGUUCAAAGCAUUUUCAUUUGCCCUCUGGGAGCUUGAAGCCAACCAGUGUCCCUCCAACAGUUAUACAAUCGGCACCUCCACCUGUUCAAUCCAAAAAGACAUUCAUAUCUGCUCAGCCUGUCCAUCCAUCUAAAGGUCAUAGUCACAAUGAAGCAGAUUCUCUUGAUGAGCUGUUAGAGUCGAACAAAGACUAUUUGGGGACUACGGGGAAUCGUGAUAACAGAAGUGCGGCUGUGUCAAAUAUCAAACAAACGAUAAAAACCAUGCAACAGACUGGUAAACCUUCUGGACAACCAGGUGUGUCAAAUCUGUUGAUCAGCAGAAGAACGUCUGAUCCAAAACUUAAAAAAGCACCGGUGCUAGAACCCGUGCAAACAAGCACCAAUCGGUCAGACGUCAAACAGGAGGGCACGAAACCCCUUUGGCCAACAAACAUUUUACACAGCUUGUCACCGAAAAUUCAAAACCAGGCAUCUGUCCAACAUGGUAGCAGUUUCAAUUAUGACAAUAUAGCGAGCUUUCAACAAAACUCCGUCAGCGCUCAGAGAAAUCCGAAGAGUCCGGGCACAGACACUAUGGAAGAUCUGUGGAUUCCAAGGCGAUCUGAACCAAAUGCCAAUGUGAUAAAAAAUGAGCAAAGUGUGAAUACCAGAGCAAAAGUCAUUGGGCCUAAAAAGCCUGAACGAACGUUCGUGCAUACAACUCCUGUGAUGUUUGUUACUGAGGUACCAGCCCCACUGUCACAGACUGACCCCGCUCCACAAGGCCAACCGGUUGGGUCAAAUGCGGACGGGAUGUUUUCGGAUGUGGAUUACAAUAUUGAAGUGUCUGAAAGGGUGAAAAAGUGGGAAUUCCUUAUGCAUGAGAAAAAUAUGCCGGUCCGUAAGGACCAGACACCUGAUAAAGUGAAUUUGAUAGAAGGGGAUGAUGGCACAGGAAUAAAACCGCUGAGCCCAAGAUCACGACUCCCCGGAGCAAGGCUGUCUGUGAUUGAUGAAAAAUCAGAAGCAAAGAAUAUGUUUGGUUAUCCAUCAACAGCUGUCUCAAGCGUACAAGGUAGUGGAGUUGUGACAAAUUCAGGUGGGGAUCUGAUGUUAAGUCAGAACCAAAUGUGGACCUACCCGGGUAGUAGUCCUAAAGGAUCACCCCCAAAGGGACGUGUGGGUCCGCGCAGCUCCGGCUCCGUAAGACACGAACGCCAAGACACGUUGUUUGGGGAUGAGGCAUGGGCAAGUGAUUGGUAUUUCAGGAGGGAUGCCCCUUUAUCCCCAGAUCAGGACAUUAAUACUCAGCAGGAUGUACAAAGCGUUUCAGUGGCCAAAACGCCUGCCAAAAAAUGGGGUGCGGCAUCUUAUGGAUCGAGUCCCACGAUGACACGUAAAAUAGUCUACGAACCGUUGAAGCCUGAAGGGACAGGGCUGAGGCUAAACCCAUUCUUUGGUCCGUCAUCGGACAGUGAAAUAACAAAUCCAUUAUAUGUCCCAUUCACUAAAGGGCUCGAAACCAGCAUAUCCCCUGUAAAGGCAACGCCCGUGAAAAGUUCAAGGCCUAGCCACAAAAGGCAGGACUCAGAUGAACAGAUAUGGAAAGAAAUCGAGCGGAUGACUGUGUAUGCCAGAGCUAUUGCCAGCGCUGCUACAUCUGCUUCACAAAGUCGUUCUGACACACUGACAGCCUCACAGCCACACAAAAGUCCAACGAGACGAUCAGCGUAUGAGCCUCGCAUGUUACAAAAACCCACAUCCGAUCCAUUUGUCCCCUUGACAGUUGAUGUGACAUCUCCAAGUAAGACCCUUCGUGCACGACUCAACAGCCCCUUUGAUAACGUUCCUUUGGUUGCAAGUGUUAAAGUCUUCCAACCUCAGGUGUCGAAGAAAAACGUGACGACAAAGUCGAUACAAUAUCAGCAUAUACCAGUAGCAGACAAAUACCAGCGACCGGAGGCUCUGGAUGAGGUGUUGGAAGAAAUCACAACCUCACUUGAAAAGAAACCGUUCAGCCCCAAGACAAAGAGUCCGGGCAUGUCCGGUAGCAGUCAAUGGUCUACAGGAUCCCCGGACAAACCUCCCCUGACCCCUGAUGUUAUCUCCAUGUCUACGAGCCAACACAGCUACACAGCCAACGACCCAACAGCCGGUCGACCAAGCAGCAUGGCGUUUCCUCCCAACCAAGGACCGUACGUGCUGCAAAGCAGUAAGCGUCCCAGCGAGAAGCAGCCCAAGUUUAUGAAUUUAGCCCACGGCAGGGAGUACCAGUUGGACCAUAACUUACUUAAACAGAAACUUCUAGGGACUGGACUGGUGGAGUACCCGCGAAUGGAUGAGGAUCAGCACACUGACACUGGAUCCUGCAAGACCCUGGACUCAGAUUCCGGCAGUCAACAGAGUCUCACCCACGUCAACCAUGCUAUCCGAGAGCUCCGUCAUUUGGCCAAAGAUGUAGAAACCAAAAUCGACAUGAUCAAAACCAAACUCGUCACAACGAAAGAGGAGGAUUUAGAUACCGUCCUGAUGACAUUAAGGAGGUGUUCAUCCAAUCUGGCAUCGGCGAAAUCCGGUUAUGUUGGCAAUUCCGCAUCUGCCAAAAGCAGGAAGACCAAGUUGAACGACGCUCUGUCCGAGCUGGAGAAAAUAUACGAAACCCUCGAUCUUAACAAUGAAAGUUUAUUGCAUGAGGACCCAAGACGGGAUUAUCCUCUUCCCGCUCAAGGGUCACAGUGGAGUAUAACAUCGAUGACGGACGUGUCGUCGCUGGGGAGCUACCCCCAAAGCGGCAGUGAGGUGCACACAGACACUAAUCUUUCAGAUUAUAAUAUCAAAUGGCAGUCACCAGGCUCUGGAAGUAGGAUGGCGAAAAGAGAGGCUUUCUACUCUACAGACGGGCUGGAGAGAUUGACACAGGCCCUAGAAAGUUCAGGCUGUGACUCUUGGCCAAGCGACAAUCGAGCGCAUGAAGGCGACGAUACUCCGAGGGCUUCUAAUAGCUACGGUGGCCACGCAAGUAUCAGAGACGACAUGGCACAAAGGAAGUUUCAGUCAGCCAAUACAAGGUGUGUAGGCGUGGAAAUGCAUACCCCAACGGAGAGUUUGUCAGCUCUGUCAUCAGAGGAAAGUGGUCGUCGGACAAGGUCUCGUAGAAAAGAAGUGGAUUUAACGGAGGAUGGCUCGUACAGAAAAAUUCGCACGAAAUCUGCAACCAGAAUGGACACGGAAUCACCGAAUAUUUCUCCCUCACUGGCAUCAGCCGACUAUCUGACACAGAGAUCCCGAUCUGAGGCCAAGUCCAGAAUGCGCAUUCGGCCCGAGAAAGAGCCUGACGUAAUGCACGAUGACAUGGCGUACCGAAAUUUGCGUAAAGACGUUGUCGUUGAACAUCCAAAGCCACCUCCACGAUCGUCCAGUCUCCACCGGAGCGAGCAAGGGAAAAAAUCGGACGAGGGUUCCGAGUCUGACUUUCAUCAGCUGUGUAACGCGGAGACCCAAACUUGCAACCAAAAUGACGCUGAAACAUCUGGGGACGAUGAUGAAGGGAGUUGCAGGGGAGUAAGUCGCCGAGGUCGCACGAAGGACAAAUCACAUGCCAGUCGGAAGUACUCAAAACAGGACCAGAAAAGGAGGCGUUCUCUCGGCCGAGGUGUUGCCAAAAUGGUGGAAAGAUUUAGUUCAAGUGAAGACGAACGACAGCACAAACGUCCGUUAAAACAUUCUCGAAGCGCGCCAAAUUUGACGGAGAAGAUUUUGUAUAGCGACACGUAUGAUUCAAAAGGGGAGAUAAUUUCGACGGAAACGGACACAAAUAAAGAGGACGAUGCUCCAGAGAGAUCGUCUUUACGGAACAAAAACACAAAAUCGUCGGCAGGGAUUGAGUCGUCUUCCAACAGUAAGUUAGCUCAUACCAAAUCACAGACGCCACGGACUGUGAAACAACGAAGUGAGGCGAAAAACAGGGUACGUAUCAGUCAAAAUGGGAAGAACGAAGUCAGUAGUGGGAAGCAUAACAUACUUGUUAACGGGAGCGUGAAUGCACAAAAUCGAUGUAUUUUAAAAGCGAAAGCAGUUGAGAAAGUAUCAUCCUCCGACCAGACUCCGCUGGCUUCCAGCUGUGAAGGAAGCCCGGCCCCAGCCCGACUUCUGAUCCACCGCAGGACGAAAAAAGUCCCUUUAGCCACGAUAUCAACGACCUCUACAAGCGGUGAAGAAAGCGCUAGCGGCAGCAGGAGUAGCCUUAACCAGACAAUGUCGUUGCCUCAGGGAGGAGUGGUGAAGCGACAGAUUCCGUCAGACCUCCCGAAAGGAAGCGGAGGGGUCAAGAUGAGAAACAAGGACUCCAACGUCAGCAAAGAGGAUAGAGAAGAACGAAGUAAGAGUGUCCCUGAGUUGUGCGCGCGGUUCGAAACGGAUCCGGUUAGGCUUAAGUCCAUCCUGGGCACUCUCCGGAAGUCAAUAUCGGCGGGUGGUGUACCGAUUGAGGGAUGUAACAACAAGACGUUUUCUUCUGAGCCUAACCUGAGGGACAACAGAGUCAGAGGGAAAGUCAUCACCAAAGAAAGCUUACUUCUAAAUUGGAAUUUGAAGGAGGAUACCGAAAAAGAAAUCUUUUGUUGAUUGGCUUGGAAGGCUUUCUGCUUUGAGAUUCUGUACGCUGGUGCUAUAGUUCUAAAAAUGACUGACGUUGAUUUGGUCCAAAAUUCAGAGAGAGACGGAAUAUAUAUCUACCAAUAUCCACCAAGUGUGGUUGCUUCAGACCUCGUAACAAGGGACAUACGGAAAGAUUCAGGGCUGUGCCUUCUAUGUAGUACCAGCUGAAGAUUUUGAAUCCGUUGAUUUUCCGCGCGGUGCUAUUUCAGUAGCGGUAAAGCUGUGUCGUCCACGGGUGUGGGUGUAUUCCACAGUGUGCAAUAAUAGUGAUAUAAAGGUGUACUUUGUUUACGUCGAUAAGCUCGUAUGGACUAUCGGAGACUUUUGAUUUUGUACACGUACUUUGAAAAUAUCCAAAUGUACGGUGGUCUGAAGCGGUGUGCUAAGAUGGGAUGGAAUCGAAAAACUGCUCCUUGGUGGAACCAUCCGGGAUCGAAAUUGUACUCACUCUUGUUGACUCCUAUAGUAUAGAGUUAUGAUUCAACCAAAACAGUUUAGAAUUUAUACAUGCGGUCUAAACCUUUGCUGAGAAUUCGCUUUAUGGAAUUUGGCCCAGGUAUCUUGUUGAAGAGAGCGGGAAUUUUAUUUCAUAUGUAUUUGGUUGGAAAUGUGCUUGUGGAACUUCCUAAGAGUCGUAUGUAUCAAGUUCAAUGAAACUAAAAGAAUGAUGAAUCUAUGAAACAUCGGAGGCUCUUCUUUUAAGAUGUACAAAUUUUUGUAAAAUGUUGCGCUGUCUGGAAGAAAUAUCUUUAAACAGACGGGCAUUAAUUUUUUUUCUUUUUCUUUUUGCAUUACCUUGUACGUAUCCUUGGCUCUGAUUGGUGCAAUUAGCGAAGUCGUCAUUAAGACGUCAUGGACCUGAUUGGGACUCAAAUGUAAUGAUAGGUGGGGCACACUGGGAUUGAGCUCCGAUCUCCUGAGUCGAAUAGGCCGAACUAUCAACCAAAAACACACAAUCAUAAGCAGCAUUAUUGCAGAUAGGUCAACCGGAUUUCCUAACACAAUGGUUACAAAUGUUCACUUUUUCUGUGAUGUCAUGAAAGAUUGAAUGAAAAGUAACCUUGUCACGAGAAGGGGUGGUAGGGAUUCAUCCAUUCCGGCUCUCUACCAAUUCAGGCUGAAGGAAAAAUUCCCACAUCCUACUGCUAGUGUAAGCCCUGAAAAGCUUCUCUCAAGAAUAUACGCCCUUGUAUGGAAAUUGUGCAGAGAAAAUUUGUAUUUUGUUUAUUCACCGUAUAAUAAUAAUAUACAUAAAUUAAUAUAGUAAUUACUAUGAAACAAGAAUGUAGUAUUAAUGAUCACAAGAAAUUUGGGAUAGACUUUCUCUAUCCCAAAACAAGAAUUUAAAGCUAUUUAAAAACGAAGAAAAUGUUGACAUUCUGUGUUGAAAAGUACCAAUAAACUGAAUUUACGAUAAAACUGUGACCAUCAGUUAUUUAGUUGUUUAUUUUGGAUUUAAAUAGCGACAUUGAAAAGACGAUUGUGGGUGCUGUAGAAAAGACGAUGACGUGACAAAUGUUGUUUACUAUUAUCCUCGAUAUUAGCAUGGCGAUAGCCCUCUUGUCGUAUGUAAUGGGCCUCUUUCAGGCCUGGUGUCAAUAAUUCUUGGCAUCGUACCCAAAAUGUGUUCAAUCCGUUUCGUUGGAUUUGGCAUUGAAUGCACUCAGGGAUACAUUGUUUGUGUGAUUUUUUUAAAGGGCAAAUUGUUUCCACGGCUCGUUGUUGUCAGAUUUGAAAAGUUUCCUUUCGAGAACAUUUGAAACAUUGUAUCCAUGAAAAAUUUUCCGCCGUGGGAAGAAACGACCAUACUGAAUAAAAUGUGUGUGUGUUUUUUUUUUUCUUCUUCAUUGGUAUUUAUAUUAAAUAGAGGUCAUUUUUGAUGACCCAAUUGAUUUUUUUCGGGCACUUGGGACUAAAUAGUCUCCAGGUUGUACUCCAGUGUUGUGAAUGGUGAGAUUGUGAUACCAAAAAAACGUGAUCUGUUAUAUAACUUUCAGAAUUUCGUACCUAUUUUCCUUUUUGUGUGAAUGAAUGGGGUAGAGAAAUGACUUUAUCCCCAGAUAAUCUGCUUUUGAUUGUAUUUCAUAUGGGUUUAUCUCUUGUGCAAUAUACUUACGGAGUACACUGUCCUAUUAAAUUGUUCUGUGUUUUACCUUUUUAUAUUAAAUACUAUACGUAGUUUAUACGCGAGCAAUAUGUGCAGCAAAUUAAAAAGUGCUGAAAGACGUAUAGCUAGUUUCAGUUAAUUUUAUAAUGGCAUAUUGUAGUUAAGACUUUGUCACAAAAUAAUAUUUUGUUUCUUUCUGAAGAAUUCAUUUUAUACUUUGUAAUGAUACGGGCUGAGAUUUUGUUUAUAGAAACAGGCUGUGAUUUAUGUUCUAAUAUUAGAAUAAUAUGUUUUUACAAGUGGCAUCUGCCGAAGCUAGACCUAUCAACGCAUGGACGUACGGAAUAAACGCACGUCUCGCCCUAAAAAAACUGUAAAUAUUCAUGAAAAGUGAAGACUAGAAUUCAAGAAUUACAUUUUUAAUCCCUGCCUUUUCUGUACUGGCUUUGUGAAAGUUUUGCAGUUCACGAAUAAGAUUGAUUAUGGGAAAAGCAUCCUGUAGUUUAAAGUUGUUUAGGACGAUGUAACUUUCUUCGCAGAAAGACCCAUUAGAAAUAUUCAGAUUGUCUGGGUAUAUAAUUCGUGAGCAGUUCCCCCCCCCCCCCCCCCUAAUUUUCAUCAUUUGAGUACGUUUUAUUUUUUCAUCUAUUACAAACAUUUUCUCUACACCAAAGUUACGUAGAUCUGUGAACAGCUCGAAAGAAAACCCUUGUAUUAGGUGCCGAUUCCAAGACGGCAUGGCUGAAACAUCGAUGCAGGUUAUAAGGUGGUUACUGCUCUUCGAGCGAUACAUAUUCCCAUAGAUGGUCGUGAGGUGAUGUGGUCACACUUGGUAUUUACAGGCAGUAUAGCUCGAAUUGUAAACAAUUGAUUUGCAGACCUCACGCAGUUUGUUAGUCCAACUGGAAAUAUUGUUUAAAGUGUGAAUACGUGAUACCACGUUGUCAGAAGUUUUACAGUGUAUACCACUAGAAUGCCGUACUUUACAAUAUACAAAAUGACGUGCAAGGCGUAACUUGUAAGUACCACAUAUGCAAAUAUAAAUAUUUGCAAAAAUC